GUUGGAGUUAAUGUGUAAACUGACGGACGUCAGUACCUGAUCAGUUCUUUAGUUUGUCAGAAAUCAUCUGAACCUCAUCAGGACUUGAUGGACCUGGUUGUGCUCUUCACUCUGUGUCUUUGCUGGUGGACGACAGCUGCCAGGUCGACAUGGUCAAAUAAACCCUCAAUAAUUGUCAGCAGCCAUGAGAUCGUGGACGGAGAGACGCUGACGGUCUCCUGUACUGUUCCUAUCGACUACACCGGAGGGGACUGUCGUCUUUUCAGAGAACACUCUACCAUCCCCAUCAAACUGAAGACAACUUCAAAUUACAUCUGUCACUUCCACCUGUCUUCCCAGGUGCUGCUGGGAAAACAACGGGUCGGCAGCCGGAUCUCAAUCUGGUGUGACUAUACCAUCCAGGAAUACACCUCAGUGCCCAGUGACAGGACAGGCAUCGUUGUCUGGGGCAGCAGUCCCAGUCCUGGUCUGUCGGUCAGCCAUCAUUUCAUCUCACCUGAUGACAGCGUGGAGAUCACCUGUUCCCCUCCGCUCCGCUUUGUCUCCAGCUGUCACUUCUACAGAGACGAAGUUGCCAUCGCAAGGGGGUCCUGCAGGAGGAACAUGACCGGGCGGGAGCUCUCUGUCUGGGAGAAACCCUCUCUGCUGCUCCCGGUCAACCUCACCUGCAGAUACCGUCCAGACCAACAUCGCUACAUCCGCUCAGAGCCCAGCAACCACAGCCUGGUGGUUGUAGUCGAUGUGAGUCGUACCACCUCAUCAGUCGACUGCAGCGUCUCAGUGACCGAUGAGCAUCUGGAGACUUUCAGCAACAGCAGCUGGACGUUUGGUGGUGGAGACGGACCGAAGGUCACAGUUCAACUGACAAACGGCAGCCUGGUGCUCAACCAGACCUGCAACGACAGACCGUGAUUUAACUACAGACAGAGACAAUGAUUCAACUACAGACAGAGACAGACCAAAGGGAUUUAAGCACAGACAGAUGUUUGUUUUCUGCAGUAAUGAAUUCUGAGCUGAUGGAAUAAAUGUUUUCCAUGAACACAGA